AUGAGCUUCAUCCGGCGCAUGACGCCAACAGACCUUUUCUCCUUGAACCUCACGAACCUCGACCCGCUGACCGAGAACUAUGACCUGGGCUUCUACCUCAACUACCUGAUGCGAUGGCCGUCGCUCUUCAGUGUGGUCCAGGACCGGGAUGCAGGCAUUGUGGGAUACAUUAUGGGCAAACUCGAAGAACAACCCCCCUCGAUGCGACACUCGCCGCACUACACCCCCUGGCACGGCCAUAUCACCGUCUUGACCGUCGCGCCCGCAUGGCGACGGCUUGGCUUUGCACGCCGUCUGACCGAGAGCCUCGAGCACGUGUCCGACAUCAACGAUGCGUGGUUUGUCGAUCUGUACGUGCGCGCGGGGAACAAGGUUGCCGUGGGGAUGUACAAGGGGAUGGGCGGGAAAGGGUUUGAACUGACAAUUCUUCUUCCUGUUGUUGCUGCUUUCAGGUACUCCGUCUUCCGCCGUGUGGUAAACUACUACAGCGACGAUCCCACCGGCCUCUCGCAGACAGGCGAAGACGCCUUCGACAUGCGCAAACCUUGCAGUCGAGAUAAGAAUCUCGAGCAUAUUCGCGACAAGGGCGAGGAGUUCCUCGUCAGUCCCGAGGAUGUAUCUUGA